GAGAAGGCGCUGCCCUGCGGUCUGCUGCCCUCGCAGGUCAGCGACCUCCUGGAGCGGGACAUCACGCCCGAGGACUACGACAUGCUGCUCAAGCUGGACGAGGGCAUCCAGAGACCCACGGCGAGGCAGGACAGCGUCGACGGGCUGCCGACCGCCCCGGGGACGCGCCUCGUGGGGGAGAGCUGCAGCAUCUGCCUGCUCCCCUUCGAGCAGCGCGACACCGCCAAGGUGUUACAGUGCGGUCACAUGUUCCACCGGGACUGUAUCUCCAAGUGGCUGGAGCAGCACAGCUGCCUGUGCCCGCUGUGCGGCCGGCCGGCCGCGGGCCCCGCCGCGCCAGCUCCCGCGCUCGCGGCGGAGGCCGGCUCGGAGGGCAUCCCGUGCUGCUGA